ACAAGGUUAAUUAUUUAACUUGUUGCUCGGUACCAUUUCUACCCGAAGGCAACCGUGUGUCAAGACGCGUGGUCAAGGUAUGCCAAGCAGCUGUUGUCCUCUGUCAUGGGUGAUAUUAGACAGCGCAAUGGCUCUGUGAGUAAUAAUGACACAGAUUUAUCUGUUGUCCCUUAUAGAGCGGACGACAUCAGGGUGCUUUGUCAUAAAGUUGACGUUGGGGAGGAAACUGAGUUGCAAACUCGAUCAGAAGUGCCAGUGGACGCGGAUGCUGACGCAGUUGGCCCGGUGUUUUACCGGGUUUGUUUGCCGGGUUGCUGUAAGAGAAACGACCCUGACCGCGAUGAGGAUGAUGAUGGUGAGGAGGACACGGGGGCAAACGCAGUUCAAAAAGAAAAGAAACCAGCAUGUCCAGGGCUGGGCCUCCUGUACACCUUGUUAGCAUCCGUCUUCUUCUCUGCUGCCGCUCUUCUUGUGAAGAAAAUUGAGGGGAUGCACGCCAUAGAAAUCAGUGCAAUUCGGUGCUUCUUCCAGAUGCUGUUUGUCAUGCCAGCCAUGAUAUAUUACAAUACUGGUUUUUUGGGACCUAGAGGUAUGCGAAUCUACCUGUUCUUCAGAGGGUUCCUGGGCUCCAGCGCCAUGAUAUUGUUGUAUUAUGCAGUUCUGCAGAUGCCCCUAGCGGAUGCCACAGUUAUAAUGUUCAGUAAUCCAGUCUUCACAUCCUUGCUGGCUUGGAUUUUCCUCAAGGAGAGGUUCACCAUAUGGGACGUUGUUUUUACCAUGUUUACGCUCACCGGCGUCAUACUGAUAGCCAGACCUCCCUUCCUCUUUGGUGGAAAGCUGUCUGGGAUCGAAGGAGACUACACCAAUCACAUCAAAGGCACGGUGGCUGCCUUCACAGGGGCGAUCGGAGCGGCUUGCACUAUGGUCAUUCUGAGAAAAAUAGGGAAAAGUGUUCAUUACUACCUCUCUGUGUGGUACUAUGCAGUCCUGGGACUCAUCGAGUGUGUCAUUGUUUUGUUCAUCUUGGACGAAUGGACCAUUCCAUUCUGCGGCUGGGACAGGUGGACGCUCAUGGCCAUCGGGCUGCUCGGUAUUGCCGGCCAGACGUUCCUUACCAAAGCCCUGCAGAUUGAGAAAGCAGGACCUGUUGCACUGAUGAGGACGAUGGAUGUGGUCCUGGCGUUCAUUCUGCAGUUCCUAUUCCUCAACCGCAAACCGACAUUGUGGAGUCUGGGAGGAGCGCUGUGUGUGAUUAGCAGCACUAGUGGGGUGGCCAUAAGGAAGUGGUAUAACAGCACAAAAAAUAAGAGCUGAUUGCUUAUUAUAGUGAGACGGAAAAAAAACAUUUUAUAUGUUUGCUACAAAUAAUUGCUGCAUUAGAUACCAAAGAAGCUGUAUUACUGUAAUAAUUUACAUCGAAAGUCUGAGAUUUUUUCUUUGGUCUUUGAUUUUAGGACCUUACUGUAUGCAGUAUGUACAGUAUAUGACAGUAUUUUUAGCGGUUUUGUAGUUUCUUAAAGUCAAUAUUCUUUAGUGAAGACAACAGAUAUUUUUUAAUCAAGAUACUACUGUUGAGACAGUAGUACUGUCUUAUCAUAUAGAGAGUAUAGUAGACAACAUAAUAAUCGACUGCUGGUCAUGUGCAGUCGAUUAUUAUUGAUGUGUGUAAAAAUCCCUAAAAAUGUCAAUUCCAUCAUUUACUCACCCUCAUGCCGUUGCAAAGCAGUAUGAUUUUUUCCAUGGAACAUAAAAGGAGAUUUUUUGAUUCUCGGAGUCACUCUUUUGCAUACAUUCCAUACGUAUUCCAUGAUUUAUAAUCUUUUGAAAUCCAUGCUAAAUGACUGCAAUGAAAAAAUGGGGGAAGAAACACCAUAAAAUGAGUACAUAUGGCGUUAAUACUAUAUUUCUAUAUAGUAUAUACUAUAUGUAUACUAUGUAUAUACUAUAUACUAUAUAUAAGUCACAUGGUAGAUUUUGUAUGAGGACAACACUGAAAUUGAAGUAGUUAUUUCCUGAAAAUCUUCUUUAGCUCCGUUCGUCAUCAUCCACUUGACGUGAAUGAUGCCAAAUGUCAUUUUUUGUUGCAUCCUAUUCACUUUCAUUGUAUGGAAAAGAGCAGGGUGAACAUUCUGCGAAAUAUCUGCAUUUUUCCUCCAUGGAAGGACGUUUGGAACAACACAAGGAUAAGUAAAUAAAUGAGGACAGGAUUUUUGUGUAUUGGGGCAAACUAUCCCUUUAAAACCUUUUGCACUUUGUUGUUGACAAUGUACUGUAACUGGUAUUACUUUUAAAAGGAAAACACAGGGUCAACAGUAUGUCUCCAAAUUUUUUUGCCUUCGUUUUGUUAAGUUCUGAGUUGUAUGUGCUUAAAUAUGCAAUCAGUAAUAUGUUCUGAACCUUGAUGAACCACUUGAACUCUGUCCUUAUGUACCUUAGACAUACGCAUAGGUUUGCUUCACAAAUAUUUGCCUGAUAUAGAGUGAGUCAUACUUAUUUAUUUAUCGGACGUGUGUCUUGGUGCAAAGAUGAGUUAUUGUGAGUUGUUACAAGAGGCCGUGACUAUCAGUAAUGGCUGUUCUUCUGCAGUUCAGUCACUCUGAAAUGGGUCUCUUCAGUUUGUUUUCCCUUCACAUUUAUUUAAUUUGAUCAUUUUAUUUAAACCUGUUUGUGUAAACUGACCUAAAAGCACUUUACACUGACUUGUUGUGUCAGUUUAUCUUUAUUAAAAGCACUAUUAACGGUUUACUGAUACUUCACCAGCAAUUUAUGGACAUAUGGAUAUAUAUAUUUUUUUAAUCUGAUGACAUUUCUGUUAAUAAUCCAUUAAUGUAAGAGCAGAUCCCUCCAUAUUAUUUAUUGAAGAAGGUUGUCGAUUUGAAUAAUGCCUGCUGUAGAUUUCACCUUGCAUAUUUAUAUGACUUCUGAGCUUUAGUACUUGAAAUAAAUGAAAGCUUCUUA